AUGAAAACGGAAAGGCUGUCUGCUAGUGUGGACGCAUGUGCAUUUCUGUCAUCGUUCGUGUGCUCCAGUAGGACCCUGCUAAUUGAUGGCUGGGUGGAACUCAGAAGAGGCCUGCAGAGUCAGGAGCAGCAUCUUUUCCUAUUCAAUGACCUGUUUGUUGUGGCCACAAUCAAAUACAACAACAACCUUAAGAUAAAAAAUAAAAUAAAAUAAAGUGACAUGUGGACAGCAAGCUGCGUGGAUGAAGUGGGAGAAGGCAGCACCAGCGCCGUGGGAUCCUUUGUCCUGGGCUGGCCCACCGUGAGCUUGGCGGCCACUUUCAGUUCUCCAGAACAAAAGCGCAAAUGGCUCUCUCUCCUUCAGAGAUACAUCAAUCUAGAGAAAGAGAAGGACUACCCGAAGAGCAUUCCACUCCGAGUCGUCACCAAGGAUGUUGGGAAUUGCACCUGUUCUAAAACUAUGACAGUAACAAAUACAGAUACUGCAAAUGAUGUUACCAACAGGGCCCUACCAAUGCUAGGGGUAACUGGCUCUGAGAAAGAGAACAAGUGUUGGGUGAAUUCUGGCAAAGAGGAGGCACCAUACCCACUUAUUGGACAUGAAUUCCCCUACAGGAUUACAAUGAGUCACCUUCAAGACACAGCACUCCUGAUGCAGGGGUUGAAGGACUCCCCCACACCUUCCAACCUCCAAGAGCCCUUCCUCAUGGGACAACUGCCCGAAGAGAAGCAGUGCCAAUUUAUUCUGAAGCCCAGCCGGCUGGCUGUGGCCCAACAAGUGGGUGAUUCAGGUCAGAAGAUGUUUAAAAGAAGAAGCUCUAUCAUUAACUGGGCCUUCUGGUGGGGCUCGAGCACCCACCUGGACAACCAGCCCAUGUCACCAACAUCUCUGAAGCCAGGACAGCUCUUCAGAGUGUCUUUGCCAGAAAUUUGUGAGAACAACAAUCUACCCAAACCUCUCUUGGAUAUGCUUUUCUUCCUUAACCAGAAAGGACCCCUCACAAAAGGGAUCUAGUCGGCCAACAUGAAAUCCUGCAGAGAGCUGAGAGAGAAACUGAAUUCCGGAGUUGAAGUACAGCUAGACUGUGAAUCGGCUUUCGUGAUAGCCUCUGUCUUAAAGGAUUUUCUAUGACAUAUUCCGGGAAGCGUAUUUUCAUCAGAUCUCUAUGAUCAUUGGGUCUGUGUAAUGGAUGAAGGAAACAAUGAGGAGAAAAUAAAUGCAGUUCAAAGGCUAUUAGACCAGCUCCCAAGAGCCAACGUUAUUCUGCUAAAGCAUCUUUUUGGGUUAUUGCACGAGACUGAAAAACACGCCUCAUCGAGUCAGAUGAAUGCAUUUAACUUAGCGGUGUGCAUCACUCCAAGCGUCCUUUGGCCUCCUGCUUCCUCCAGCCCUGAACUAGAAAGUGAAUUUACAAGAAAGGUUUCUCUGCUUAUACAAUUUCUGAUUGAAAAUUGCUGUAGAAUAUUUGGAGAAGAAAUCACUUCCCUUUUGGAAUAGGUUUCAGUGACAUGUGAUACAAAAGAGAAUGCCUCAGAUAUCUCUUGCUUCCAGCUGAAUGACAGCAUGGAAAAUGAGCUGAACGAAGAAGUCAAUGCUCCGUGCAGUGACUUAGUAAAGAAACUCAGUCCAGGCAGCAGAAGCAUGGACUCCAUGUUAACCCUCAUUGACUAUGACCUUGAGCAGCCUGAGGCAGAAGGCGUUUUAACCCUGAGCAACUUUGACUUAGACGGUCCUAAAGGUGAAGACGUCCAGGUGGAACAGCCCAGUGAGCCCGUGCCGGUGGCCGCGGCGGCAGUGUAUAGAAAGGCCUCACUGCAGGACCAGACCAGUGCCCCCUCUGGUACGAGCACACCCGGCCACCUGUCUGCAGCUACAGAAGAUGCUCCAAAAACCCCGAGGCAACAGCGGCGCUGCUCGGAGCCCAGCAUAGGCUACCUGGGUUCAAAGCUUUCCUUUCUCAGGGCAUUUUAUCAGAAAAGGAUAUGCAAGUCCAGCUGUGAUGCAAUUCUCCUGAAAAAAGAUGAGAACCAUCUGAGUCAGAAUCCACCCCUCCAGGAAGAGGGUAAGACAGGUUUUAAAAUGAGUUUAGUCACAUGCACUGAUGUCAAGAAAAAUGCCACUGAUAAAAAUGAUAAGAAAAGCUUGUGUGAUAGCAAAGGAAAUCGUGUAAAGCUUUUUCCUAAAUCCAAGCCAGUGACCAUUUCUUACAGCUGCCUGUCCUCACACGAUCGUCCCAGGAACCAGCCCUUCACUGCAGACAUGGCUGGGUACUCCCCGCCAUGCACAGCAGAGCCCCUCAAGGAGGUAGCAGUCUGCUCAGAGCCCAGCACUGAUGACCGGCGCUGCAAACUGACCUAUCUCAGGGGACUUUAUUCAAAAAAGCAGCAGCACAAUGCAAGCUGUGACACCAGUCUCUUGCACGGAGAGGAGGAUAAUCUCAAGAGGCACAAGUCUUUGCAGAUGGAGGGGCAAAAGCUUAUCAAUCAGAGCUUGGUCAUGGGGAUCGAGGUUGGCAAGAGUGGUGCCACAAACCAGAACACUGAGAAGGUCUUCCCCCCAAGAUUAAAUAUUUGCCUGAGGAGUAGCUAUUCCAGCUUGUCCUCCCCAGACACGUCCCCAUCUGGCUCAUUAGUGAGUUCCCAGGACAGCGCUUUUUCUCAGAUUUCUGAACAGUCAGUGUUUACACCCACUGAAACAUCCUCUCCAGUAGAUUGCACUUUUCAAGUUCGAGGAAAACAGGAAGAGCUUUCUUCUGACUUUAGCAGUUCCAGCCUCAUUUCUGGAAUUCCUGGUCCCUUAUCAGGGCAGUCCAGCAGCCACCUGGCUCAUACAAAAAAGGACAGCCUAGAGGGGCAUUCACAAAUGCAUUCCAUAACUCUUCACCCCAGCACAAGGUUGAGAAAUGGUAUAGCCAGUUUGAAAAAUUGGUCCCUCAAAAAGAAGUCAAGGGCACCCAGACCAGAAGACAAUAAAACAGGUUCCCUAAAAGGACCCAUGGAGCCACCUCCACAUGCUCCUGGCAUUCCAGAAGCCAGCACACUGCAAGAGAGACAGACAGACGUUCCCCAAAGGGCUGCUGAAGGACUUGGAGCUGUGCAAAUAGCCCAGUGCUGUAGUUCUUACCCCAGCCAGGACUCAGAGAAGGACAAUAGCUCUCCAUCCAGCCUGGCGGAAGAUGGACUUGAGCUUGGUAUGAAGUACCCUGAGGAAGGAGAGAAUGAUGGACAGUGUUUUCCUGGUACUCUGCCUCUAGAAGGAUCCUCACCCAGCUCUUUGACAAUGGAUGACGUGUCCAGUCCAGACUCAGAGCCAACAGUGGUUUCUGAUGCUGAGGACACACAUGUAACCAAAGACAUUUAACCACAAUCAGAAUCUAAUAUCUGCAAGGACAGAAUCCGGGCUACUAAUAACAUAAAGAUAAUAAUUACUAUGACCCCUGUGUAUAGAAUAACCGAGACAGGUAGCAUCAAGGUUAUCACUGCUGAUACUUAGGACAACAAAAGAAUCCUCUUUAUUGAGACUAUUUGGCAAAAAGUUGAGACUAAAAGAUUUUAUCACCUAACUGGGAGGCUUUUCCUUAUUAGAGCAUGGAUUGAUCCUGUCAUGUAUUUUAAGAGAUCCCAGCAGAGGACUAAAGAUGCAGCAACUUCUCUAGAGGAAACAUGCCUUAGAUGACAUUAAGAAGGCCAGGAUAUCAAAAGUGAAGAAU